CGCGCCAGAGGUCCGCCGAGGCGGCACCGCGUGGAGUCCCCAGCGGAAGCUUCUGUCCGGCCGUGGCAGUUCCGGAUCCUCCAGCCUGUGGCCCGCGGAACCCCCGAUGCCUGGGCGAGAUCUGGCUUUUGGAGACUUCUCCCAUCCUAAGCUGAAACUGCCCAGAAAGAGGACAUGGCUACUGAACAGAGGGAAGCAAGGUCUCGGGUGUCAGUGACGUUUGAAGAUGUGGCUGUGUUCUUUACACGGGAUGAGUGGAGAAAGCUGGCUCCUUCUCAGAGAAACUUGUACCAAGAUGUGAUGCUGGAGAACUAUAGUAACCUUGUCUCAUUGGCAGGACUCCCAUUUUCCAAACCCGAGGUGAUCUCCCUGUUGCAGCAAGGAGAAGAUCCCUGGAAGGUAGAGAAAGAAAGCCCUGGAGGCUGCUCUCUAGGAUGGAAGAACAGUUAUAAAACCACAAAGUCAACUCAAACGCAAGGUUCUUCAUUUCAGGAGCUGAUAAUGAAAAGAUCCAAAAGGAAUGGACCCUGGGGCUUCAAAUUAGAAAACCCCUGCAAAUAUGAAGACAGAUUGGAGAAAAAGCAGAAGAAAAAAGAAAGUGUUCAGAUAGUUUCAGUCACUCACAAAAAAAUCCUCACUGUAGAAAGAAAACAUAAAAAUACUGAAUUUGGCCAAAACUUCAGCCCAAAGUCAGUCCUUGUUAGGCAACAGAUGGUUCCCAGAGAAAAAAACCCACCAAAAUGUGAAAUACAAGGAAACAGCUUCAAACAGAAUUCCAGUUUACUUAAUCAACAAAAAAUCAACACAGCCGGGAAACGUUAUAAAUGUAGUAUGUGUGAGAAAACCUUCAUUAAUACUUCAUCCCUUCGUAAACAUGAGAAAAACCAUAGUGGAGAGAAAUUAUUUAAAUGUAAAGACUGUUCGAAAGCCUUUAACCAAAGUUCAGCUCUUAUUCAACAUCAAAUAACUCAUACUGGAGAGAAACCCUAUAUAUGUAAAGAAUGUGGGAAAGCCUUCACUCUCAGUACAUCCCUUUAUAAACACCUAAGAACACACACUGUGGAGAAAUCCUAUAGAUGUAAAGAAUGUGGUAAAUCCUUCAGCAGAAGGUCAGGCCUUUUUAUACAUCAAAAAAUCCAUGCUGGAGAAAACCUCUAUAAAUAUAAUCCAGGUAGGAAGGCAUCUAGUUGCAACACAUCCCUUCCUGGAUGUCAGAGAAUGAAUUCCAGGAAGAAGUCCUAUUUAUGUAAUGAAUGUGGCAAUACCUUUAAGUCUAGUUCAUCCCUUCGUUAUCAUCAGAGGAUACACACAGGAGAGAAACCUUUUAAAUGUAGUGAAUGUGGGAGAGCCUUCAGUCAGAGUGCAUCUCUUAUUCAACAUGAAAGAAUUCACACUGGAGAAAAGCCUUAUAGAUGUAAUGAAUGUGGAAAAGGUUUCACUUCUAUUUCACGACUUAACAGACACCGAAUAAUUCAUACUGGUGAGAAGUUUUAUAAUUGUAAUGAAUGUGGUAAAGCCUUAAGUUCCCACUCAACACUUAUUAUUCAUGAAAGAAUUCAUACUGGAGAGAAACCAUGUAAAUGUAAAGUGUGUGGGAAAGCCUUCAGACAAAGUUCAGCUCUCAUUCAACAUCAGAGAAUGCAUACUGGAGAAAGACCCUAUAAAUGUAAUGAGUGUGGGAAAACAUUCAGGUGUAACUCAUCCCUUAGUAAUCAUCAGAGAAUUCACACAGGAGAGAAACCAUAUCGAUGUGAAGAAUGUGGGAUAUCUUUUGGCCAAAGUUCAGCUCUUAUUCAACAUCGAAGGAUUCAUACAGGAGAGAAACCCUUCAAAUGUAAUACAUGUGGGAAAACUUUUAGACAAAGCUCAUCACGUAUUGCCCAUCAGAGAAUUCAUACUGGAGAGAAACCCUAUGAAUGUAAUACAUGUGGGAAACUUUUCAAUCACAGGUCAUCUCUUACUAAUCAUCAUAAAAUUCAUAUUGAAGAGAACCCCUAGAAAGUAGGUUUGCAUGUGUGACAUUCUGAAACCAAAGCUCAUCAGAAUACAUGAAAGUGAUGUAAUAAAUGUAAUGGAUAUGAAAAGCCGUUCUAUGAUUUAGUCAUCAAAUAAUAAAUUCCAAGGAUAAACCUAUGUAAUAGAUAAUGAGAAAAGUGGAAAUUGUUCAGUCCUAUCAGACACUUUAUAAUAACCUAAAAUGAAGAAUUCUUGCCUGGAGACAUUGACUUUGGGCAUUUGUAGAAUAAUUGUUUUCUCUACAGAAUCGCAUGCUGCAUAUCAUAUGUAAUUGUUAUAAACAUCUGGGUGAUGAGGGGAAGUGUGCACUGGAUUUCCUGUUAAACUGUAAACUUAAUACUUUUUUAUAUAACUGACAUUGUAAUAGUAUAUAAAAGAUGUGGUCAAAGAAAUUACACAUUUUUAGAGAAAAGGACCAAAUGAAAGGUAAAAAUGAAUUGUAAACUACCUCUGACUUUCUGGGGUUUGUCCUUUUCCUGACUUGAUGUCAAACUUUGUGCAUGGAUUUCAUUUAAAAGUAGAAAUAAAAGUCUGUUCUCUUCCUUUA